AUGCUUCGACACGGCCGCGCAGGUGUGCCCAUGGAAGUUAUGGGUCUGAUGCUGGGCGAGUUCGUGGAUGACUUUACCGUCAAGGUUAUGGAUGUGUUUGCUAUGCCCCAGAGUGGCACCGGCGUUAGUGUCGAGGCCGUCGACCCUGUUUUCCAGACGAAGAUGAUGGAUAUGCUUCGACAGACAGGAAGACCCGAGUCGGUUGUCGGAUGGUACCACUCGCAUCCUGGUUUCGGCUGCUGGCUUUCGUCGGUUGAUAUAAAUACUCAACAAUCGUUCGAGCAAUUGAACCCCCGUGCCGUGGCUGUCGUCAUCGAUCCCAUCCAGUCCGUUAAGGGCAAAGUCGUCAUUGACGCUUUCCGACUCAUCAACCCCCAGCUUUUGAUGCUGGGACAAGAACCAAGACAAAGCACAAGUAACUUGGGUCACCUCAACAAACCCUCAAUUCAAGCCCUUAUCCACGGUUUGAACCGACAUUACUACUCGAUCGGCAUCGACUACCGCAAGACGGCUCUCGAAGAGAACAUGCUCAUGAACCUGCACAAGCACGUGUGGACCGAGGCUCUGGAGAUGAACGAUUUCCGACAUGAGGGUUGCAAAAAUAAGGAUCGACUGCAGCAGCUGGUUACGUUGGCAGAUGGCUAUGAGAAGCGAGUGAAGGAAGAGACCGAGUUGACCAAAGAUCAGCUUAAGACCCGAUACGUUGGCAAGUUGGAUCCCAAGAAGCAUCUCGAGGAUGUUGGCCAGGAGCUCAUCGAAGACAACAUUGUUUCUGUGUCGAGACAAAUGAUUGACAAAGAGGCGACCAUGCCCAAAAGGGAGACGCCAGCAGGUUCAAAGGGACAAGUGAAUGGCGAGGAGAUGGACGUGGAGGAGGAGUUAUGA